CAUGUGAUGACAUGUUUUGAAAUUUGGGCUCAAUUUGAGUGAAAGAGACCACCAAUUGAUCCGAUCUUUGCCUCAAUGGAUGUCUGAUUAGAUCCUCUGAAGAUGUCGUUCACCCACCGACUGGACACGUGUCUCACGCAGACAAUGAGCGCCAACCCAUGGAGUCAUCGGAUCGGCGACUACUCGAUGGUGGGCUCCAUCGGGAAGGGAUCCUUCGGACAGGUGUUCAAAGCCAUCCAUAAGCCCACCGCCGAUGACAGUGACGGGUCGGCCGCCGAGGAAUGCAAAUACUGUGCCAUCAAAUCCAUUGAGAAGAAGUGUUCGCCAAAUUUGGGCAAAAUCUUGACCGAAGUGUCCAUUCAUUUGCGGCUCAAAAACGACAAUAUCUUGCAGUUGUUUCAAGUCAUCGAAGACAAGAGUUAUGUGUAUUUAGUUCUGGAGCUCUGUUUCGGCGGAACACUCACUCAACUGAUCCACACGAGUGCCAAACAGUGGAAAGCGAGUCACAAGACGCGAGACAAUUGUCUGCAACCCAUACUCGACUACAAACUGAUCCGCAAUAUAAUGAGACAACUGUGCCGUGGGUUGGAUUAUCUGCACCGCAACGCCAUUGUCCACAGAGACCUCAAUCUCAACAAUAUAUUGCUUUUAAGAGCUUUCGAUAAAAACACUGAUUUAGUGGUAAAAAUCGCCGACUUUGGUCUCGCCAUUGAUCUCAACUCCUCGUCCGCACAGCACUUGUCGUCCAAACCGCACAGAGAAGAGCACGUCAUCCCACUGCCGAUGGGGACCACGAUAUGCGGUACUCCGGGCUUCAUAUCACCGGAAGUGUGGUCUCAGAUGCAGACCGUGUCGCCCAAGAGUGAUAUCUUCAGUUUGGGUUCAGUUCUGUUCGCAUGUAUUGCCGGAUAUACGCCGAAAGGAGGGCUCGAUUUGACCACAUUUUCUCCGUUCGCCUGCGAUCUCAUCUGUCGUCUACUGGCGCCCAACCCCACCGACCGUCCACUCAUUGACGAUAUAGUGAGGCAUCCUUUGAUUGAGGGUCCGCUCACAACACGACGAUUACUACCCAUUAAUAAGACAACCAAAGACUUGCAGUUAGCCAUCGAUGGCGAGGGGAACGUGUGUUUGAGGUUUCAUAAGAAAAUGCAAACAAUUCAAGUGUCCAGAGAUGGGCUCAAUGUGUGCAUCACUGGACACCACAAUAAGGCAAAAGUUUUUAAUUUUUAUAAUUUGCCGCAAAACGAGUGGAAAAAGUAUUUUUACGCACAAAAGUUUGUACAACUCGUGAGCGCAAAGACACCCAAAAUAACCAUUCAUUGCAAAAACGACGAUAAUUGCGAUGAAUACAUAGUGAAGGCGUGUUUAAUGGAAAAUAAUGACUUUGAAGUGACGGUUAUGCAUGCGUUGACUAAUGAGAGUAAGAAAGUUUUGGCCAACGAUUGCCAGCAAUUGAGUCAAACGGUGUCCAAUAAGCGUGCGAAAGAGUUGAGAGAGUUUUGUCUGAAGACUGAGAAGGAGUUCCAGAACAGUGGCGACAGGACUGGAAUCGAUUGCUUUCCCAUUUCGUUUGGCAGGAAAAGUAAAAUCAAAACCGAUUCCCAAUCCAUGCAAACACUGUCGACACAACAGCCCGUUAUCUCGAGUCAGAGUAUCUUAAGGUCCAUUCAAAUUAAUGGCAUCGGCGAGGCUUCUCAGUUAUCAAACGGUGUUUUCAAUGUGUGUUUCACCGACGGCUCGACUCUGUGUUUCAGAAGUGAUUCUGAGAUUCCGGUUAUUUUUUACCCCAAGAAUGGAUCCGAAAUGAGGUACAAAAAGAGCGAUCCAUUGCCAGAAGAGAGGGAGGAAAUGGAUGUGAAAGGGACUGGUAUGUUGACUGCUGGCGCCAUCUAUGCCAAGGACGUGACACCCAUUCCGUCGGACAGCACCAGAAGGAAGGGCGGCCGCAGAGGCAGACGAUUGUAA